AUGAAUAAUGCUUCAUCACUUCGUGUUUUUCAGUUUCUGAUAUUUGUGGUGUCGCAUUUGUUGUUGAUGUUUGGAGCAGCGAUAUCCAAACUGGUAGUGAUUUUGUUAGCAACCAGUAUUGAGCUGAAAGCUCCAGGAAAUCGUUUUAAAAAAAAGUGUUAUUUUGGAGAAGGAAAGCCGAGAAAUGCAGAAACAACAGUUUCUGUGGUCUGUGCCUUACGGUUUAUUCAAAAUGUACCGGAUGUGUUGGACGCUGAAGAAGAGAGUGAAAUUACUGGUAUGUUUAUGUGGUUAUUCGGUGCUAUUUUGGGUAGUAUUUGCUUCGUGCUACAUGUGGAGUAUAACUGCCGUACACUUCUUCAACUUAAGUAUGGGACGCGAAAAAUGAGUUCAAUGACAAGACUGAUGGUAUCAGUGCUGCGCAUAUUGACUUCCAGUGCAAUCGUUUGGAUUGAUAUUGACUUGGAGGACGUCGGGAAAGUCACUGGAGGAGAUAUAUUUUGGCGUUGUUUGGUUAAUAGCUUAUUCAUGUUGGCUGUUAGGACACCUAGUUUUAAUGCUGGCGACGAUGUAUUUGAUACAAUCACAACUGUAUUGAACGGAUUAACGAUUGAGCAAUCGCUAGUAAUAUAUCGAGUCUCAUUCAAUAAAAAGAAAAUGCAUGGUGACCGUCGAUCGUCGGAGAGAGUAAACGCUGAUGGCAGCGGCCUUCGAAUAAUCAAUGAUGAAAUUGAUAAAACUGUGAAGCUAUACAUUUGUUCGAGGAUAUGGGACGAGACAAGAAUCGAAAUGAUGCAAAUACUGAAAUCUAUUAUAAAGCUUGGCAAAGAACAUUCCUUUAUGCUGAUAGAAAGAAGACGUUCGUAUGAUAUCAAAUAUAAAUUGGAAGGUUACUGUUAUCAUCAACUUGAUGUGUGUACUGAUGCACAUAUAUUUUUCGAUGAUGCUUGGGAAGAUCAGAUGGAAUGUGGUCGCAUUCCGAAUGGCUUUUUUCAAACUUUUUUUCAUCUCUUGUUGGAGUUGACAGAAAAUGAAAGCAUCGAAGAAAGAAAUGAAAAAAUGAAUGACCGUGUACUCGUUAAUACUGUUUAUGGUGGAAGGUUGGUAGUGCGUCUGCCAGCAGGCUCAUUACUCUUUGUCCAUCUGAAGGAUAAGCAACUUGUUCGUCAUAAGAAACGUUGGUAUGAAAUCAGUGAAAGAGAGAUAAAUGAUAGAAGCUUGUAG